GAGGCGCCGGGCGCAGAGUUCCGCGUGCUGAUCGGCCAGCUCGUCGGCCAGCACGAAGCCGACAUCAGGUCUGCGGUCGCGGCCUUGCAGCAGGAGAACAGGUCGCUGCGCGAGGAGGUCUCGGCGCUGCGCGGCGCCCAACCGCGGUGGCCCGCGGGCGCGCACGGUGGCGGCCCCGUCGCCCCGCGCGCCAGCUCCCGCGCCGACGGGAGCACGCCGGUGACCUCGGUGGGCCUGUCUGGCUCGGCGACCUUGCCCAUCCUGUCCCGCAGCGUGGGGCAGGCGGACGGCGAGCCCGCCGCCAGGGUCAGCAGCGCGGCGUGGAGCUCGAAGGCGUCGUCGCCCGCCCGCGUGGGCACGUUGCCGGGCGCGCUGCACGCCAGCCCGGAGGUCCCUAGGCUGGACUGCGGCGGGAGCACCCUCGCCCAGGAGCUCAGCGGGCGGAGCGAGGAGAGGCGGCCCGCCGCCGGGGAGGAGCCGCUCGAGGUCCUCGGCGCGACCGCGGGCCGGCCCCGGCCGUCGCAGAGCUCGCUGGAGCCCCCAGGCGCGUCCGCGCGCCGCCGCAGGCCGUCGCGGCGCUCCUCGCUCGGCGGCAGCUCGGUGGUGCCCUCCGCGCGCAGCUCGAUAGGGGGCACGCCCUACUCCCCGCUGAACGUGAGGAUAUCAGCCACCGAAGUGACCAGGUUCUCCCGGAUGCUCCACGUCGACAAGUGGAACACGGGUCAGGCAAAGAUCUCGGCGCGGGAUCUUUUGCGGGUCUUGGAGUCGCGGGGCGUGGAAGAUUUGUCGAUCCAGCGCGUUUCUUGGGUGAUGCAGCGGCUCCUUGGGGUGAGCUCCCCAGAGCAUGCGCUCUCCGGGUACCUCAGAGAUCGAGCUCGAGAGGCGCAGUUUUUGGAAGUGAGGCCAGAUCGCAGCGACGAUGAUGACGCUGAUUUCGAGAUGCCGUUCAAAGCGUUCGUGGACAUCAUGCUCUGUAAGAAUAUCUCUAAGGGGCUGAGCCCGGAGGUCGCUGAGGAGGCCAGGUGUUGGCAGAAGGCCCUCAUGACGGAGACGAUCGAGGAGGUGAUCGACAGACUGGCCAAAUCUGGCAGCCCCGAAGCAUGCAGCCCAAGCCCCGAAGCAUGGAGCAAAAGUCGCAUGUGGGCCUCCCGAUCUUCAGUGCGCAGUACAAAAGAAGUGACAGGUUACCGAGAACGAUGUAAAGUUAAGGCGCUGCCGGUGCUGAACGCAGUGGUGGUCGUCACGGUUUUUGUCAGCGUCAUCUCGUUGUCCUUGAGCAUGGACUACUGUAUAGAUUGCGAGGCAUGGUUUUAUGUAGAGAUGAUCGCUGCACUUAUCUUCGUCACAGAAUUGCUGAUCAAGUUUUGCAUAUUUGGAUACGCGGAGUUCCUGUUCGGUGACGAUUGGAUGUGGAACUGGAGCGACGCGUCAAUCACAAUUGUAGACUUCUUGGAGGUUGGAAUGAGGGUGCUAGUGAGGACAGGUGACGUGGAUAUAGACCAGACGAUCUCGGUCGGCACGGUCCUGGUUGCGCUGAGGACUUUACGCAUCUUGCGCUUUGCGCGGCUAGUAAAGAUGGCAAGAUCGCCUCUCCUACACGAGCUCGCUAGCAUUUUACAUGGCUUCGUGCUUGGGUCGCGGGCGCUUUUGUGGGUGCUCAUGGUGAUCUGGAUCGUUUUGUGGGUGACGGGCGCCACGUUCCGCCAAGUAAUAGGCCCCAAGGCAGGGCAGGAGCUCCUCACCGACUGGUGUGGGUUCGACGGGGACACCAUGCACGAAGCGGAGAACGCGGCAAAGAUCGAAAUGUUUCCUGAGUGUGGGAGCAGGCACAGGCUUUAUGCAGACGAGUAUUGCUCCACUGUGGUCGGGUGCUCGUUCACUGUAUUCCGUUGCAUGAUUGGCGAUUGUUCUUCCAAGGGGGGGCAGUCAUUACCGGCACAUUUCAGCGCUGGCUACAAGAUUAGGUUUGACCUUAUUUAUGUGUUUGGCAUGAUCGUCUUGAUAUUUGGCUUAUUCAACAUUAUCCAGCGGCUCACCGCAGUUUUUGUGGAGUCGACCAUGAAGGGCCUCGCCGCUCAGGAUACCAGGAUCAAGAGGCAAGAGAAGUACCAGGUGAAGCACGUGAGGAGGGCCUUGGAGAGGUUGGUGCGGCGCAUCACGGUGAUCAGCGACACGUACAAGAGGGCCCGCGACCAUGGCGAGGCACAGCGCAAAAUGGGGAGCUUCAACAGGUUGUUCGGCACGCUUGUCGGCUCUAGUUGGCUCUCUCGCUGGAAGGCUUGCCACGCCGAUUCUCACUACUCGGGAAGACCUCUCUCUUCCAGGCCAAUCGACCCUUCUCAGCUCACACUCUCCGAGUGUGCCUUCAACGAGGUGCUCAGGGACGAGAGCGUCCAGUGCAUCCUGGACGAGCUCGACGUCAACCUCGGCACCGAUACGGCCAGCAUCUUCCGCAUCUUUAGGAAGGACCGCGAGGGCCACCUGCCGCUCUCGGAGAUGCUGGCACCCCCGACUUAA